AUGGCUGAAGACAACUGCCUGAACUGCAUGAUGGUCUACCCGUUUGAAGAUUGGUUGCCAGUUUAUAACAAAUUUGUUUACUUUCAUAGAAUCUUCUUUGUUGUCACUUUCUUAUUGAAUGUCUAUUUUUUGUACAGAUUAUGUAAAGCUCAACGGAUACAUCAGAACAUACGAUUAGUGCUGGUAAGAUUUUCAUUUUAAAAAAUUGAGAAAAUUUAAUUUUUUAAAAAUUUUUUGGCAGGGUAAGAAGAUAAUAGUAUAGUUACUGUAAAUCAGGGUAAAGAGGAGUACAGCGGGGCAGGACAGCGUUGAGUAAGAUAGAGCAGGGUAGGGCAGGACAAAGUACGAUAGAAUGGUGGGGUAAGGCAAUGCAGGAUCAGGCAGGGCUGGGUAGGUAGGGCAUCCUAGGAUAUAGUAGAGUAGGGUAGGGUAGGGUAGGGCAGGGUAAAGUAAGGUAGGGUAGGGUAGGGUUGGGUAAGGUAGAGUAGGGUAGGGUAGGGCAUCUACAUAUGUGUUACAUUUUACUUUUUCAGUGCAGUGCAGCCCUAUCAUUCGAAAUCCUAGGCUGUACUAGAGUGACAGUCCAAGUGAUGUUAGAAGCGACUGCCGAUGUUACUGAUAGAUACGUAGUAAACCUAAUAUGUCUAAUUCUAAGCAAUAUCCACAUGAUAUCGGUGUUUGGCUCUGUUCUUUGUAUGAAUAUGUUGGCUGUCGAACAACAUUUGGCCACGGUAUGGGUCAAAGAUUACGAACAGAGGAGCUGCACGGUGGGCGUGAUAUUAAUCUUUGUUGUGGUAGGUUUUUCACGGCAAACUAUUUAUGGACUAAUGUAAUACGGUGGUUUAUGUUUAUUUAUGUAUAUUAAUAAAGCAAAGGGUAGGGUAGACGGAAAUUUAGGUUUUGAGAGGACAAAAAGGGAAUGGAUAGGGCGGGGUAAAAAAAUUUAGGGGUAGGCGUGUUUUUUUUACAAUUUUAGCAAGGCUUAACAUGUUUAACAUAUACAUGAUAUUUUUUAAAAAAUAAAAAAAAUCUUAAAAAAAUUAUUUCAAAAUCUGAAAUUUUUUAAAUAUUAAAUAAAGCUAGUUUGUGGCCAAAUCUAUCUCACAACUUUGCAAAUGCAAAUGAAAUAGGUUUUCCAAACGCAAAAAGGUUAUUUUAGUUACAAUUAGAGUCAUAUGUUGUAGUCAACUUGUAAAUACAAUUCAAAUUGCUAUUUUUAUAGUUUAGCUGUUCGAUUGUUUUUUUGAUAUACUAGUAGAAAACCUUUAAAUAGAUCUAGAUUUUUAAAUUUUUAAGCGUAGCUUGUCUGGAAAGUCAAAAAAAGUGCUUGCAAACAAUGCCAAUUUUGUCAAAUUGGCGGGAAAUUCAAAUAUUUUAAAUUUUAAACUCAAAACCGCGAGUUAAAAUUGUUUAUGAGUACUAUUGAUAAUACAAAGGAUCCAUAGAAAAACUUUGAGCUGAUUCUCAGUGAAGCAGGUCGGGUAAUCUCCUUGCAAGUACAGCAAUGCUACCUGUGUAUAAAAAUUCGGGAUUUAAAAUUUGUUCGUUAUAAAAAACUUUCGUUAUAUAGGACUUCCUUAUGCAGUAAAAACGGCAAUGUAAAAACUAAAUUUUCAGUUUGCCCAAAGCGUGCCACUAGCAAUAGUGCUAAACUGGUUGUAUAUGAAAGACGAGUUUGAUUUACACACGUCCUUCAAGUCUUGUAUCGCUGUUGAAUUACAUUGGGAGCUGGCAUUGGCUGGGUUCAGCGCUUGUAGUGUUACUUGUACUGGAGCUGCUUUGGUAAGUUAGCAGAAACUUUGUUUACAAAACAAAAAACGGCAAGAACUUUCUUUACAAAGCUAAAAAUGGCAAAAACUUUUUUGUUUAAAAACAAAGAAUGGCAAGAACUUUCUUUAAAAAACAAUUUUUUUAAAUUUUUUGCACUUUUAGUGGAUGGAAUGGCUAAAAAAGAAAAACCGUCGAUUGACCAGAAAUCGACUAAUGUUAAAAAGCCUAAGUGCUCGAUUUCAACAAACUGAGAACUCGGCUAUGAACGAUGCCAUAGCACCAUCAAUGGUCGGCUAUAUGGUGAUGACGUUUUGUGGAUUCAUACUGAGUUUCACGAGGAAAUACUUUGUUGACACUUAUGGCGAGAGCUUCAUCUUGAACAAACUGGCUACUGAUGUAAGGAUUUUCUGUUUUUUGGUCUGUUUUUAUAUAUUAAUAAUCAUGUUUAUGUUCAUGCUUGUGUCCUAGCAUUUGCCUUAGCACUAGGAUUAAUCCCAGGGCUAGCCCAAACUCUAGUCCUAUUGCAAGCUCGCUUUAGCUUUAGUCCUUGCCUCGACCUCUAGCCCGGAGUUCUAUCCCUAGUCCAGAGCUCUAGUCCAAACCCCUAGCCCAGAACUCUAGCCCAGAGCCCUAUCCCAGAUCCCUAGCCUUAGCCCAGAGUCCUAGCCCAGAGCCCUAGCCGAGAGCCCUAGCCCAGAGCCCUAGCCCAGAGCCCUGUCCAGAGCUCCAGCCUAGAGUUUUAGCCCAGAGACCUAACCCAGCUUCCUAAUCUUAGCUGUUCAGCCUUAGAUUCAGCUCUAGACCUAGCUUUACUUUCAAAGCUCCAGCCUUAGCUCUAGCUUAAGCAAAUGCUCAUGCUUAAACCUUGUCUAAGCUUAUGACCAAGCCCAAUUCUAGUUCUAACUCUGGCCCUAGCUCAAUCUUUUCCCCGUGCCCUAAUCUAAAUAGUCUCGCCUUGUUUUAGCCUAGUUUGAGCGCUUGCCUAUGGCUAUUCUGUUACUUUUAAUAAGGUUCAUCUUAAUCUACAUGCUCUUCUUAAUUGUUAUGCUCAUUUUCAUAAAUUAAAAUAUUCAAACUUUUGUUUACGACCAUCUUCAUUCUUAUUUAUACAACAAUUGGAACGUUUAACUUCAUUCACGUUAGACCUAAAACAACCUCAUUUUAGCUGGGCUACAUGUUGUUUGACAUCUACUCACUGUUUCACAUGUUCUGCUUUCUGUACUGUAACAAAUAUCUUCGGAAGCAAGUACGACGAGACGUGUUUCGAUUACUCGGCAGAAGUGCGCAACAAACGGAACGAUCAGUCCACUUUAUGGUGGACAAGAACGCUGAAGCUGUGGCACAACAAUACUUCAAUCAGCUACAAAAGUCAUGGCAAUAA